AUGGAGCAGAGGCUGGCGCAGUUCCGAGCCGCGCGCCGCGCCCCGGAGCCCAGGGCGAGCGAGCAGCGCGCGGGGCCGGAAGCAGGCCUCGGCCCGCGGGACCGCCCCGCCCAGGAGGAGACGCGCAGGUCGGGACCCCCGCAGGACGUGGCUGCCGGUGCCCCCGCCCCCGCCCCGUGGGGCGCCCGGGCUCUCCUGAGCCACGUGGCCUUGCUGAAGUUCCUGCUCUGGCUGGUGCUGCUGGGGCUCGCCGCGGAGCUGCAGUUCGGGCUGCCCUGCUUCGUCCUGUCGCUGUUCUACUGGCUCCACGCCGGCAUGCGCGGCCCGGGCGAGAGGCGGCCGGGGGAGCGAAGCGCCUACUCCGUCUUCAACCCGGGCUGCCAGGCCAUCCAGGGCGCGCUCACCGCGGAGCAGCUGGAGCGCGAGUUACACUACGGACCCGCCGCCGGGCGGUAGCGGCUGCGCCAGGGCUCUGUGUGCGCGCCUCUCCUCCGGGAGCCGGUGCCACCUUGCGCUGCUCUGGCUGCGCUGCCGGGCCUCAGGCGCACCCCUCAGGUGUGGACUAAAUCCUCCUCUCACUGCCAAACUAACUGUCCUUCGUGGGCGGAGCCUCUCCUCGCCAAGGGAGUGAAUUCGAGCCAGCUCCGUUCAGGUGAAAUGCCUUAAUUGACGGCUACUGGCUUGAAGUUAUGGCCACAAAGUGGUGCUAAUUGUAAUGUACUGAGAUGGGCUUGUACACAACUUCUGGACACUAAGGCUUCUGGUACCUCAGAGGGCAGGGCAGUCUGAACCUCCUUGCCUUUAUUUUCUUAUGCUGCUGGCCCACCAGUGAAAACAGUUAACCUGUUAAGAUUAAUAUUAAGCAGCCUAAUGAAGAAUCCUAGCCUGGCUUUCAGAGUCAGGAUCCCAGCUACUCUGGGACCAAAUUUCACAGCACUGUUAACUUAAUUCUACUGCCCCUGAAAUACCCUUCAUUCUUGUUUCUUAUCCUCUCUCCCCAUACAUAUAACUGUGUCAUAGCUGAAAAUAUUGAAGGAUUUAAAAUGUGUUGUAUUUACUAUUGCCAACCAUUUUUUAUGAAAGUUUUUUUUAUUAUGCUGUGCAGUGGGAGAGGAUGGGAUUAAGGGGGCCUGAACCCAGUCUCCUGGCCUCUUCUCCCACCUAAAGGUAAGUGGGAGCUGAGUGACCUGCUGCCUUCCUCUAUGGGACAGUGCAGGAACAUGGAUUAUAAUUCAGUUACUUCUCUCUUGUGGGGAAAGCUGAAGAUCAAGAGGCAGCUGCAGGCAUGUCCUAUGGGCGCCUGGCUGCAACAGCAUAGCAAAUUCCACAACAAAAACGCUGAGUGGGAUAUAGUGGGAAAAAUUCCAAAUGAUAGGACAGCAGAGUCCCCAGGGCCCUGAUUGUAAUGAAUGGGGUAGUUUACACCUCUGAGCUAUUGUCAGACUUUCUGUACCCCUACAUUCAGUUCAUGUUUUCAAGGUUCUUUCUGCCAGAAACCAAAUGUUUUUUAAAUGAAAUUUGGGACACAGUUGCGCAGCAAAGGGUAAAUUUAGCUGCUGGGGAAUCUCAAACAAUGUCAAUAACAACAGACAUUUUAUUUAGCUCCAGCUAGCCUUUUAAUAGUAUGAUUAAUAACUCCUUAUCACUGUAAUUGCACUUCGGCAGGCUGCUAUUGCUGCCAUUUAUUAAGGGAUGAUGAGGGAAAGUCAGUUGACUUGGUACCAAUAACUUGCUAUAACAUUCUUAAUUAUGCAGAUUAAGGAAUAAACUCUUCAACAGAGGUGGUAUUGAGCCCAGCACCCCACACAUCCUGUGAAUGCCCAUGCAAAUGCAAAGGCACCUAGCCUCCUUUGUAAUGCUCCAUGGAGGAUGGGUUAUACUCUGCACUCAGCCAAGUUUACAGCCUGGAGCAUGUUUGAUUUUUUUCCCAUUUUACUUAACCCUUAUGGGAAUGUGAUUUAUUAUAAAAUAGUUAUCCUGCUUUAGAAUCCAGUCCAAGAGUUACUUAUGGUUUCAAAGUAAAAUUUAGGCUUCAGGAGAUGAAAAAUAACUAUUAGGGCUUCAAGCUCUGCCAAGACUGCCUACGUAAUGAGCGAUGACAUCUUUAUAGGUAUUGAGCUGUUCACAACUGUAGGUGGGUGAGAUCUAAUACAGGAAAAAUACAAUAAUGCUGUUUUGUCCUGGUUAUUAAAUAUGCAUAAUCUCCCAUUCCAAGAAAUCAUUUUGGUUUCUGGCUGGACAGAGACAAUGUGUAUCAUCUUUGGGCAUUCAGCUUGAAUUGUUGGCGGUCCUUGCCUCUGGCAGAUGCUGUACUUUACUAUCCCUUAAACAGGGAGAGGUUUCUCUAGUACAAGUCUCCAUGGAGGAGUUUACUCCGAUAGUAUUGCAAAGCCAUGGCACAGAUUGACUAAUGUUAGUAUGUUUGCCUUGAAUCUAUUGUAUCAUAAUGGGACCAUACCCAUAAAAAAGAAAGUCAAAUGUUUUAAAUGUGAUUGGAAUUUAUUCCCUUUGUGUAACAAAGAUAUAUAGUAUAAAUGACUAUUUGCAGUCCAAAUUACCAGCAGGCGGUGGAAAGGGAAUAGAGAAAAGUGCUUCAAGGAUUCUUGUUUGUAGAAGAUAGUGAGAUGCUCUGAGUGGAAAGACAAUAGUAAGGAUACUAAUCGCCCUUGAUCUACUGAGGCUCUUCAUGCAUCUCUCUAGCUAGAGAUUAGACUUACUUCUAGUUUUGGAUUGUUUGCUUUGAUAAUUAGAUUAGAAAUUUUAGUAAUUCUUUCUAAGAGACUGAGGUAUCAACAUAUGCCAAGCAAAAUAUCUUUUCUGAUUUGCACACUUUUGUUCAAAACACUAAUUUAGAUGUCCAGUCUGAUUCCAGUGGGGGUCCUGUGGUUCACCAUGGUAGCAGAGUAGCUGUUGCUACAGAGAGAGCAGGAAAGUUACUAACACUGCAGAAGAUGAUGAUGUUUUUAUGCAAACCGCUUGAGGACAUAGACUUUCAAUAAAUGAUUUAAUAUCCACUAUAUAAAGGUUUUUCUGUUUCUUUGAGAGACUCAUAACUUGUGUGUCUCUUAAUUUUCCUUGAAUAUUCCACCAAAAGGAGCCAAAAAAAAGAAACACACACCAGUACUAACAGAUUUAUGUGACAAGGGAAUUACAUUCCAAGGAAAAAUAAGUAAACUACACAUCCAUUUAAUGUGCACAGGGAGCUUAUAUGGUCAACAUGUACUACAGCUAUAGCUGCCUUUCUGUUUCUACAUGCGAAGAAAUCACAUUCAAAUACAAAUUAACAUUUAAACAUUCAUGAAAGAGUACACAUUCUUUGUGGCAGCAAGAAUAGACGAAGUUUUCACUCACUAAAAACCCUUAGUGACAUCAUCGCUAUAUGUGCAUUUAAAGUCUUAUUUCAAAGUGUUUGGAGCCAAUUAUAAUCACAGUGAGUAAGC